GCGCUCCAAUGUCCAAUCCAACCAAAAAUGAGACAAAAUCUUUACCUUAAUAAGAAGUAAGAACCAGAAUUUCUUGCAAUUUUUGUUGUUGUUGGAUUGUCUUUUAUUAGUUUCUUUGACUUCGUUUCAUUGAAGCCGUUCUCUUCUCUCACCAUUAUUUCCUCAACCCCUCUGAAAAUGGCUCAUCAUCACCAUGCGAAUCCACGAAUUCUGAUCUAGCUUCAACUUUAUUUUCACUUUCCACACAUAACCCAGGUUUCAUUUUUUCUCCUAUCGUUUUUGUUUGGUUCAAGUUUGUGUCUUUAGAAUUCAGUUUUGUUUUCUUGGCGUGCAAAUUGAGCAUAUUGUAGUUUGUUGUGAUUGAGAUUGUGUGGUUUCUGCUGUAAAUCACAGAGCAGUAGUUUUUUUUUUUUUUUUUUUUUUUUAUUAACAUUUGAAAGAAAGAAAGAAAUGUAGAAUCCAUGUUUGUAGAAUUGAAGAAAGAAGAAGGAGAAGAUACAAUAGAAAGCAUUUGAGAAGAAAGCUUUGGCAGGAAGAAAAAGAAAAAGAAAACAAUCACAAAAUAACGAAAUUUGUUAAGCUAAGGAGAAUGGCAGACUCAGCGGAAACGCUGGGUUCUUUGGUCUCUAGUUCCCCUUCACCAGAGGGAUCAGGGAAAGAUAGUCCUCCUCCCCCACCUGAUAAUUCCUCUCCUCCACCGGUGGAUUCUUCAUCUUCUCCACCUUCACCUAGUUCAAGUUCUCCUCCUCCUUCUCCUCCUCCUCCUACUACUUCUUCUCCACCGCCUUCAAAUUCAAAAUCCCCGCCUCCUACCUCGUCUCCAGGCUCAGGUUCUAAUCCCCCUUCACCCCCACCGCCAUCGGAUACAGUAGCUCCGAAGGCUUCACCUCCACCACCAUCAAAUUCAAAACCUCCACCACCAUCACCACCACAAAAAUCUCCUCCUCCUCCUCCUCCUCCUUCUACUCCUACUCCUACUCCUCCUCCUUCUAAUAAUAAUGGAUCUUCUCAAAACUCGCCACCUCCAUCACAAUCCCCACCUUCUUCUUCUUCUCCUCCUCUUUCUUCUCCUCCUCCUCCUCCUACUGAUAAUAAUUCUACUUCUCAGCCAACUUCACCACCUCCAUCUAAUACCCUUGUUCCUCCUCCAACUGCCAGUUCCUCACCUAACCCGCCUGGUUCACCACCCAAGAUAUCGAACACUUCUCAGCCACCCCCUCCAGCCAAAUCAUCACCAUCACCUCGGUCAUCCCCUUCUGGUUCUGGCCUGUCCCCUCCUCCCCCCAAAACUGUAGGUUCCUCUACUGAGGUUAGCUCCAGCCCACCACCACCAGCACAGAGUGGGAGUGAAACUGUUACUACUACUGCUACUUAUGUUGGGGUGGCGGUAGCAGGAGUGUUCAUCAUUGCCUUAAUUGCAGUCGUUUGCGUAACCACAAGACGGAGGAAAAGGCGAGCUCAGAUCUAUACCUCCCAUUACAUGCCCCCCAAUAGUGUUGCGGUGAAAACAGAUGGAUUUUACUACAACCAGUCACAGACUGUGGGGAAUAAUGGAGGAGAUCUCUAUUAUCAUUCAUUUGGAAGUAGUCAAGGGAGUCAAAGGGGGAAUGCAUACCAAGGACAAGGAGGGGCACCAGAAUCGAAUUCCCUAGGUGCUACUAAGUCAUUUUUCACCUAUGAAGAGUUGAUGGAGAUAACCAAUGGGUUUUCUCGCCAAAAUGUUAUUGGUGAGGGUGGGUUUGGGUAUGUUUACAAGGGUCAGCUACCUGAUGGAAGGGUGGUGGCUGUUAAGCAGCUCAAGGCGGGUAGUGGACAAGGGGAGCGGGAAUUCAGGGCUGAAGUUGAGAUUAUUAGUCGUGUUCAUCAUCGACAUUUGGUCUCGUUGGUGGGUUAUUGCAUCUCUGAGCAACAAAGAAUGCUCAUAUAUGAAUUUGUUCCAAAUAAAACACUUGAGCAUCAUAUGCAUGGUCAAGGAAUGCCAGUGUUGGAUUGGACCAAAAGAAUGAAGAUUGCUUUAGGUCUGCAAAGGGUUUGGCAUAUUUACAUGAAGAUUGUAUGCCAUCCAAAAAUUAUUCACAGAGACAUUAAGUCGGCAAAUAUUCUUUUGGAUGAUGUUUUUGAGGCACAGGUUGCAGACUUUGGACUUGCCAAACUGGCAAAUGACACUCACACUCAUGUAUCCACUCGAGUCAUGGGGACAUUUGGGUACUUGGCACCCGAAUAUGCAUCGAGUGGAAAAUUAACAGACAGAUCAGAUGUAUUCUCAUUUGGAGUUGUGCUUCUAGAGCUAAUCACUGGGCGUAAACCUGUUGACCCAAGGCAGCCUUUGGGAGAUGAGAGUUUGGUUGAAUGGGCUCGUCCACACCUUAUUCAUGCCCUUGAAACUGCUGAUUUUAGUGCAUUGGUAGAUCCACGACUUGAAAAGCAGUAUGUGGAGGUUGAAAUGUUCAGAAUGAUUGAGGCAGCUGCUGCGUGCAUUAGGCAUUCUGCUCCAAAACGCCCACGCAUGGCGCAGGUGGUAAGAGCAUUGGACAGUGAAGGUGAAAUGUCUGAUCUGUCUAAUGGGGUGAAAUAUGGCCAGAGCACAAUAUAUGAUUCUGGCCAAUACAAUAAAGAAAUUAUGAGAUUUAGGAGGAUGGCACUUGGCAGUGACGGCUCAGAUCUUGACGCGUACAGUGGACCAUACAGUGGACCAUACAAUUCUAAAGAAAUGCCAAAGCUUAAGGAUGAAUAUUCAAGUUCUGAAUCAGAAACUCGAGCCUUUAAUGCACGUAGUGGUGAGCAACGAUAUGGCAGCACAAGAGAAGGCAGUGCCCGCCGGUUUUAACUACAUGUGAUUCCAAAUGGUUUUCUACUGCACAAUAUUUGACCCAUAUAGGGCACUAGAAAAGGCAAUAUCUGCAAGAGAGGCAUUUGUUUGAUUUAAUCUGACUUAACUAGUGUGUAAAGCUUUUUUUUCUUUUUCUUUUUUCCCCUUUUUCCUUUUCUGGUGAAUCCUGGUAUAUCACUUAGUCCUUUAAAGUAUUUGCAGAGUAGGGGAAGCUUAAACUAAGUAAUACUCAGAAGGUAAAUUUUAAUACCAACAAUGUCUUGAUACUGGGGCGAGACCGUUCAUUUUUGUGUGAAUACUUAUUGUGAUAAACGUUUUAUCAUGGUGAAAUGAUUUAGCGUUUUCUGUAUUGGAUGCAUAUCAUUUACUACUAUUAUCAUCGUGUUUUUCUA